AGAUCUCCUGGAGGUUUCGGUGGUAACCCCGCUCGGCGUCGCUCUGCCUACCCUCCGCGGAAUCAUCGACCCACGGCACGGCGUAGACUGGGGCGGGUGGUUCCAACAUCUAGCGGAUUCGCCUGCCUUGCGCACCAUCGUGUUCGAAGACUGGGAUGGAGUGUUGGCACCAACAGCGGCUCCUUCUGGUUGUGCAUUCAAUGCGGCUUCUGCAGCGGUGGAAGAAGAAGAAGGCGCUAUUGGUGGCGAAGGCGCCAUCCCGAAAUCCUCAACUCGAACGCGGUGCGUGUUGCUAGCUCUUCCGAUGCUCCCUGCGCGUGAGAGUGGCGUGGAGGAGGCGGGGGAUCACAAUGUCAGUGGUGGUGGCGGCGGGAAUGGUGGGGGAGAAGGUGGCAGCGGCAGCGGCGGCGGCCGUGGCGGCGGUGAUGGUGCCGUCAAGGAGGACACGCGUGGAGUGGGGCCGUGGGUAGGAUCAUCGAACGUUAUCGCAGAUGAACUGUCGCGCGAGUCUGGCUCGCUCCCGCAGGCAGCCUCGCUGCUCUUUUGCGUGAUACUGCACAAGGAAUCGAACACGGUGGACGUGGACAUCGUGCAGAGGGAGAAGAUCGCCAGGCUUACCAAGUGGGAGAGGGCUGCGGUCUCGGCGUUCGCGGACGACAUGCUCGAUUGGUGCACCAACGACAUUUUGCGUACCACCCAAGAGGCUCUGUGCUGGACGGACGAGGAGGAGAUAUACUAUUGUUGACGUGUGUAGUCGCUCCUUCGCCCUCGCUCGAUGCGUCGUGCGGCUUCACGUGUGUCUGUAUCGGCUUGUGUUGGUGUGCGAGAGAGAGAGGGGGCUGAAACAGUGGUGCUUUUGGCGCCGUUAGGUAGCUCGGCAACAGUAAUGUCGCUGCUGGGUGCAUGUGUAGAGUCCAGUUUCCAUGUUUUCCCCUAAUGUUGUGGUAGAGGUAUGUAAGAACGAUGAGGGAGGGCCGAUCUCAAGUGGUGGGGUUGAACGCUCUCGUCCCGUUUAGUCUUUUCUGUUUUCCGUUUUUCGUGGUUUGUUGUUUUCUUGUCGGGAGUGUUACUAAUAUUGGGUCGGGGUGUACGAAGUACUUGUUAAUAUGAAAACGCUUUCGGGGAGACAAACUCAGCAAGGCCAUUUGCCUGGAGUAGCAGAGGUGCGCCCCAAACCUGUUAUUGGCAGGGUAAAUAAGCAGACACACACGGUCAUCGUGGCCUCGAAGGAAAGUCCGACCUGUUUGAGAUUGGACGUAGGUUGAGUUAUUAACAGAUACUCCUAUGCGCAUGGGGUCCGGUAAAAAUGUACGCCGGCUGUGGGCAAGGUUUGGAUCUCGAGAAAUAUGAGCGUUCAUGCGCUCUAGAAGAACACCAAUAACUUUUAGAACACACUGACAUUAACGUAUGGC